AUGGGCAGCACCGAACGCUCUUUCGACUAUGUCAUUUGCGGCGGCGGCACUGCAGGCUGCGUCCUGGCCAGUCGUUUGGCUGAGGCUGCCAACGUCUCGGUCCUGGUGAUUGAGGCUGGAGAGCAUAAUCGAGACCUGAAGAUGACCCAUAUGGCUGGAGCAUUCACCCAGAACUUUGAAACCAGUCAGGAUUGGUGCAUCGAAUCCGAGCCUUUGGCUGGGAAUGGAGAUCGUCGGGUGAUGCUGAACCGCGGCAAGUUUCUGGGCGGGAGUAGCGGCUGCAAUGCGACCCUUUGCGUUCGAGGGAUAAAGCAAGAUUAUGAUGACUGGGGCGUGGAGGGAUGGUCAGGGGAGGAGAUGUUCGAGUAUAUGAAGAAGGCCGAGACCUUUCAUGGAAAGCCUUGGUUCAAAGCAAGUCCCGACACGCAUGGGAAUUCCGGCCCUUUACACACCGAACCUCAUGACUUUGCCCCCAUCUCCACGCUGAUGAAGGAGUCCUGCAUAUCCAAGGGUCCCCCGUUCAUCGACGACCUGUUUGCCACGGGAGAAGCGCCCGAGGGGUGUGGACAUGUCGUCCGAACCGUCCAUAAGGGAAUCCGAACGACCGCAGCGGACUAUCUCCAAAGUGGCCAUAUCCGAGGCAGUAUUACCUUGGAGACUAACGCGGUUGUAGAUCGAAUUCUCAUCACCGAGAGCUAUGAUGGCUCGUAUACCGCAACGGGUGUCGUCUACGUCGAUGCGCAGACCCACGCGCCCAGUACGGUGCGAGCCAGUAGAGAGGUGGUUAUUGCCGCGGGUUCGUUCUGCAGCCCUGCGGUUCUGAUGCGGUCCGGGAUCGGUCCUCGCGAUGAUCUGGCAAGUCAUGGGAUUGACUGUAUCAUGGAUCUGCCUGGGAUUGUCUGGAUCUUCUACGAGAGCGAGAAGGCAGGGCUCACGAAUGACUGCUAUGUGUAUCAUACCGGGGCAAUGGAGGCCUCUCUCAAGCAGUGGGAAGAAGAGAAGUCUGGAGUUCUGACCCACAUCCCUUGCGGAGUCGUUGCCUACUCCAGGGUGGACGAUCAGCUAAAGAACGAACCCCUAUGGACCGAAUCUCCGCGAAAGCAAGGACACGAUCCCAUGGGAAUAAGGCCCAACCAACCCAACAUCGAGCUCCUGACACUGGAAUGCUACACGCCGCUGAAACAUUCUACCGACUUCCCAGCUGACAACCAGCAUGCUUUCGGCAUCGUGCCCGAACUAUUCGGCGCCCGCACGAGAGGCUCGGUCCGGCUCAAAUCGACCGAUCCCCUGGACAAUCCGAUCGUCGACUGCCAAUUUCUGGCCGACCCGCUCGAUAUGCUAGUGAUGAGCGAAGCCUGUCGCUUUGCCAACGAGAUCAUGACCGAGGGACAGGGUACCAAAGAUCUAGUCAAAGGCUCCUGGCCGCCCGCCUCCGGCCAUAAUACGUGGACCACUCGAGAGCAGUGGAUUUCCUGGAUCAAGGAAAACAUCACGACAUGCUACCAUCCCGCUGGAACAUGCAAGAUGGGCAGAAUCACGGACCCGUUAGCCGUGGUCGAUGAGAAGCUGCGAGUGAAGGGGAUUAAGAACCUGCGCGUCGCCGAUUGCAGUAUCAUGCCAGGCCUUAACAGUGGGCAUACCCAAAUGCCCGCCUACGCGAUUGGCGAGAAAUGCGCGGAUAUGAUCAAAGAAUGGUCGUAA